GCUUUGAGGGUCGACCCUCCCUUUUCUCCAGGUCACUCCCUAUGGUGCACACCUAGGGAAAAAAAAUAGUGUUACAAAGAAAGACUCACAUCACCAAAACAUCUGUCUCAUUACUUGAGUUUUUCUCCCAUGGAAUUUUGAAAUCCUGGAUUUGAAUUGAUUUUUCCUCCUCCUUUUGUAUUAGUAUUUUUGCUCUUGAUUUUGAACAUGGCCAAUUCUGGAAUACAACUUCUUGGCUUCUCACUAGCCUUUCUGGGCUUCAUUGGCGCCAUCGCAUCCACCAUCAUGGUGGAAUGGAAGGCUUCAUCGUACGCUGGAGACAACAUUAUUACAGCUCAGGCGCUUUAUGAAGGCCUUUGGAAGUCAUGUGCAGCACAGAGCACAGGCCAAGUUCAGUGCAAAGAGUAUGAUUCACUUCUCGAACUACCAGGCAUUGUUUUGGGCACACGAGGACUGAUGUUGGCGGCCAUCUUUAUCUGCUUGAUUGCCCUCUUGGUGGCAACGAUGGGCAUGAAGUGCACCACAUGUUUGGCAGACCAGCCGGAGCAGAAAAAAAAAGUGGCUUUAAGUAGCGGAAUCCUCCUGAUUAUAGCGGGUCUGCUUGCUCUGGUGGGAACAUCUUGGUACGGCCACAGAAUAGCCCAGGAAUUUUACAACCCGUUCACACCGACCAAUUCCAGGUAUGAAUUUGGAAGCGCCCUGUAUGUGGGAUGGGGAGCUGCAAGCCUCAUCAUGAUCGGGGGAGGCUUCCUGUGCUGCAACUGCUCCAAAAACGACUCGGACAAAGCUUCACGCUAUCCACGAACAAACCCGGCCAGCAACUCGGGCAAAGACUACGUGUAGAUUGGCUUUCUAAGCAGAACAAAGGGGCCAUUGUAGGUUGUUAUGUAGGAUUUAUUGUGCAAAUUGAUAUUUGUUACACAGUCUGUUCAUUUGCGGUACCUUUCUUUUUAUUUUAAAUAGGACAGCCCGAACAUAAGCAUCAUUUUUAUAUUCAUUGUCAUGUACACUGGCGACAACUAACUUACAUCAAUAAAGCAAUAUUUGCUAUGGAUCAUUUGUAGUUACUACAAAUCACAUAUCUUUGUCAAUCUAUACCAGCAAUCUAUCAUGACAGACAGAACUAUUAUAUACUCUUCCGCUAGGUGGCAGAAGACACCAUUAACAUGAGGAUUUACUGAUUGAUUUAUUUGGUGUAUGGGACGGCAAAUCCAACCAUGAGAAUUAACUGGUAUCAAAGAUGUCAAUUACUAUUUGUAUUUAUUAUCACCCUCAAUGGUAAAUUUAUGAACGCAGCAGGCCAUUAGAAAAUAACACAAAA